UGUAUGUUUGAUCUGGGCACAGAUCAAGCAGCUCUUUCAUCAGCUACAGAAUCACUUGAAGCACAAAGACGCGCUGAUGGGGCAGUUUGCGUCCAAACGUAACUUAACUGCCGGGGGGGCGCACUCUUCCACCAAUGAGGAGGGACCUCCCAGGUACUCCUCACACCACUUUGAUGGCAGCUCCGUGAAUGGAGGCAAUGGGCUCCGAAUCCCUCCCACCAUUGUCGUCUCCGAUGAGGAGUCCAGCACAUCAGAGCGUCGCGGCUCCAGGGCAGAGCUGCGCAGGUCCUCCGUCUACAGCACGAUGGACCUGGUGCCCCAGCUGGAACAUUACGCCAAUUCUUUGCCACGCCAGACGAUAAGGAGCAGGCCGUCUCUUGAAACCCUGCGCAAGACAUUUGAGGUUGUGGAGAUCGGAAUGGACGGAACGUCCACCUCUGACUCAGGCAGCCUGCCGGCACCAGAUAUGGAAAACGAAGAGUCUGAAGGUCCCCAGGAAAAAGCUCCAGUCAGAUUUGGCUGGAUAGUUGGCGUCAUGGUCCGCUGCAUGCUGAAUAUUUGGGGCGUUAUCUUGUUCCUGCGUCUGUCAUGGAUCACGUCUCAGGCCGGCAUUGUUCUGACUUGUGUAAUUAUCUUGAUGUCCGUGGUGGUGACCUCUGUGACUGCACUGUCCAUCUCUGCUAUUGCCACCAAUGGGAGGGUGGUAUCAGGCGGAGCAUAUUUCAUGAUCUCCCGUACGUUGGGUCCUGAAAUCGGAGGACCAAUUGGAGUGGUGUUCUCCUUUGCAAACGCCCUGGCGUGUGCACUCAACACUGUUGGUUUCGCAGAGGUGGUUCGUGAUUUGAUGCAGGAAUUUGGUGCCGUCAUGGUGGAUUCAGUCAAUGACGUUCGCAUUGUGGGCGUAGUCACAGUCACGAUUCUUCUUAUGAUUUCACUGGCUGGAAUGGAGUGGGAGUCCAAGACCCAGAUUUUAUUCUUCUUAGUGCUUUUGGUGUCCUUCGCAAACUAUUUUGUUGGCACCGUAAUCCCUCCAAAUGGUGACAAGCAGGCUGUCGGCAUCUUCGGAUACCGAGGUGAUGUUUUUGUCGAGAACCUCACACCAGACUGGCGGGGCUCUGAAGGAAGUUUCUUCCAGAUGUUCGCAAUUUUCUUUCCUGCUGCCAUUGGCAUUCUGUCUGGUGCCAACAUCUCUGGAGAUCUAAAGGACCCUGCAACAGCUAUCCCAAAGGGUACAUUGAUGGCAAUUUUUUGGACAACAUUGAGCUACCUGGGGGUAGCAGUAACUGUCGGGUCAUGUGUGGUGCGGGACGCCUCUGGGAAUACAAGUCACAUCCUGACGGGAAACAACACAGACGGUUGCGUGGGACUGGCGUGUAACUUGGGUUGGAACUUCACAGACUGUAGCCAGUCGCAGACCUGUCGAUAUGGACUCGCCAACAGCGUCAAGGUUCUUGGACAAGUCUCUGGUUUCUACUACCUCAUCACUGCGGGUGUCUUUGCUGCCAGUUUAUCUUCUGCUCUAGGUUUUCUUGUCUCUGCACCAAAAGUCUUUCAGUGUCUGUGCAAGGACCAAAUAUACCCUUAUAUCAUUUUCUUUGCGAAAGGUUAUGGGAAAAACAACGAGCCAUUUCGAGCUUAUGUACUCUGCUACCUUAUUGCUAUAGCCUUCAUCCUUAUCGCUGAGCUUAACACCAUCGCUGCCCUCAUCUCUAAUUUCUUCCUUUGCUCCUACUGUCUGAUUAAUUUCAGUUGUUUUCAUGCGUCCAUCACCAAUUCCCCUGGCUGGAGGCCGUCCUUCCACUACUACAGCAAAUGGACGGCUCUGUUUGGAGCGGUCAUAUCCGUGGUGCUGAUGUUCCUGUUCACCUGGUGGGCUGCUCUGAUCACCUUCUGCAUCAUCUUCUUCCUCUUCGGAUACGUCAACUACAACAAACCAAAGAUAAACUGGGGUUCGUCGGUCCAGGCAGGCACAUACAACAUGGCCCUCUCUUACUCCGUCUCUCUGACCGGAGUGGAGGAUCAUGUGAAGAAUUUCAGGCCCCAGUGUCUCGUCCUGACUGGUCCUCCAAACCAGCGGCCCGCACUGGUGGACUUUGUCGGCUCCUUCACGAAGCACAUCAGCCUCAUGAUCUGUGGCGAUAUUAUACUGGAGCAGGACAGGAAGACGCGUCCUCAGGACGACACAAACAGUUUGGUUAAGUGGAUGAACAAGAGGAAGGUGCGGUCGUUCUACACUCCCCUGUCUGCUGACAACUUAAGGGCUGGAACUAAGCAGCUGCUUCAGGCGUCCGGUCUGGGUAAACUGAAACCCAACACUCUCGUUCUGGGCUUCAAGUCCAACUGGAUGGACAGUGCUCCGGACAGCAUUGAGGACUACAUCAGCACCAUUUAUGAUACGUUUGACUCCAACUACGGUUUGUGCAUCUUGAGGAUGACGGAUGGACUGGAUAUCUCUGAUGAUUUAGAAUUUGAAGUCAACCAGGGCUUUGAGGCCGAUGAAAACGUGGACAAUCUGGACCAGCAGGCCAACGAGGAGGAAACGGCUCCUCCUCAUCUUGCAGCUGAUGACAUGUCUGACGAAGGCAGCAGUGAUCAGAUCAAGACCGUGUUUCAAAACGACCAGGGAAAGAAAACCAUUGAUGUCUACUGGAUCGCAGACGAUGGAGGUCUGACUCUACUGGUGCCCUACCUGAUCACCAGGAGGAAACGCUGGCGCCGAUGCAAGGUCCGGGUUUUCACCGUGGGCGACGAACAAAACAUGCAGGAGGCUCGCGAUGAGAUGAUGGCUCUGCUGAACAGGUUUCGUUUGRACAUUAGUGAUGUUAUAGUCAUGACAGACAUUGAGAAACAACCUCAUCCAAAGAGCUUGAGCAGGUUUGUGGACAGCGUCGCCCCCUUCAGGCUACACGAUGGACAGCAGGAAGGCAUCUCAGUGCAGGAGCUGAGACAAAACGCUCCCUGGAAGAUAUCUGACAAACAAUUUGAGGCCUUUAAGCUGAAGUCUGAGCGAAAGGUGAGGCUGAAUGAAAUCAUUCGGAAGAAUUCUCAACAGACUGCUCUUGUUCUAGUGAGCCUUCCAGUUCCUCAAAGCGAUUGUCCCAGCGCUUUGUAUAUGGCCUGGCUGGACACUCUGACGUGUGGCCUUCACUGCCCCGCCGUGUUGAUACGAGGAAACCAACAGAACGUCCUCACAUUCUACUGCCAGUAAAACUAGCGAUGAACCGAUCCACAUUCUUUCACUUCCGAUAACGAUAUCGAUAUCUGAGGUUUAGCAUCGCCCAAUAAAUUGACUACAUUAGUGAAAAAGUGAAAAGUAAACUGCAACAAACCUUCUUUAACCCUUGUGAGUGCGAGGACUGAGGCAAACGUAGAGGACUGUGGCAAAUAAUACAAGUUUUACGUGUGUGGGGUCGGUUAGACCCCAUUUCCACACAUAAGGGUUAAAAUGGUUCAGAAACUGCAGCUUGUAAUUUUAAAUGCAAUAUAAAAUUAAUAUAAUAAAGAACCACGGCGCUCAGAGCACAAAGCAUAGAAUUUCCUGAUCUAUGAACCGGACACAUUGUCGCCGAUACCUUAUCUAGAAUUUGUUUUGUUUUUUUAUAUCGGAACUGAUACCGAUAUGUAAUAUCGGAUCAGAGCAUCUCUAAGUGAAACUUCAUGUUUAUUGAUGGGAUUGCAAUAGGAAUGAAGAACUGUUCUGUAAAUAAUUAUACAUGAAUAAUAGUGAGAUGAAAUGUCGAAAUAUGUGUAUGUCUGUAAUAUUAUUACAAAAAAGAGACAUGGCUAACACUAUAGAAAAGGUGUUGUAGCUCCUGCUGGAGUAAAAUGAGUUAACAAUGCAUAGAUAUGCAGUAACUUCAUAUAGUGAAUUUAUUUUUCUUCUUGUGGAUCUUAAUUUUGGAUUUCUGUUCAACCAAUAGUUGAGUUUCUUGGUUCUUAAAGAGGAAGAGAUGAGAACCAGACUCAAAAAUACACAGGAGUGUUUUAUAGGAUCCCGUUUGCCUCACAUUCUAGACUUAAAAUGUAAAAAAAAAACACAUCCUGAAGAAGCUUGAAAAGAAGUAUCAAAAAGUCAAAAAAAUAAAUAUAUGUAUAGAAAUGGUUAGGUCAUGAAUAAAAUUAAUCAAUACCUACUUCAUACAAGAUUUUACUGACAAUCUUUGGUCCUGAUUUUAAGGAAGUUCUGAUAAUCUUGGUGCUCUUGAGACAAACUUGAAAGAUAUUCCUGCUGUCUCGUCUUGAGCCAAUACUGCAGCAAGUGUUCUUUGAGCAAUAGGAAGGUUAUUAUCACUAUAAAAACUGAAAUAUAUUCAGGGAAUUUGGCUUCCAUUCUCUUUAAAUGCCACAUAAUGUGACUCCAGAAGUCAUACGGUUUGGUUGGCAAAAACAUUUUAUUUUUUUUGCCAUUUUUUUGUUCAAAUAUUUUUUUAUUUGAAUUGUUAUCAAUUGAGCACAUACGGUAACUGUAGCAAUGUAUAAAUGUUCAUAUUAUAAGUACGGUCAGGGGUUGUGUCUUUAAUUCGUAUAUGAAAUACACUUUGUUGAUGUGAAAGCUCUGCUAAAGGAACAAAAAUGAUUAUUCAAACAAUAGAAAAUGUCAGUUAAUUCAACAGUUAAUGGCUUUAUGUGUUUUUCUGUUUCUAAAUUUAUAACAAUGCACUAGUACUUGUACAUGUAUAUUUUGGCUGUGUACAUUUUUUUUUUAAAUAUUAAAUACAGAGACUUUUUGUUGUGUA